AUGCUGCCCAAAAAGCUUGGCGAACCUCGAUCGAGGACUGGUUUUAUUUUCCUAGUCACUCUAUUCUUGCUGAACUGGAGCGCGUUCUGUGAGGAAAAAAGUUUCACGGAAGACGAUUGCGCGGCGAUCGACGCUAAUAGCACCUGCAAUUGCACCUACAACGCCUACGAGUCGGUUGUGAUUCAAUGCAGCGCCAAGUAUGAAACGGCACACAUACGGAUAACAGUACUCGAUGGAAAGAAUGUAGAGAUCAGUUGCCAGGGUCGCAUUGGCGUGGGCUGCAAUGUCACGCAUCCCUGCAUACCCGCAGAGCUGCUCGCGCGCUUGCCGCCCUUAGGCCGCUUGCACGAAGUCGGCUUUCUUAGCGUGCGAUACUGCUUUCCCUUCAGUGAAAUUUUGAAGCAGUUGUCGUUGGGGCAGAGCGACAUCUUGCAGGUGCAUGGCUUGGAAUUUAUACCCUUACUACAGCGGCGGCAUUUCGGCAAGGACCAGACGAUGCUGAAAGAAAUAGACAGCUUGGAGUUAUUAGCGCAGAGCUUACAUCAUUUGCAUGACGAGCAAUCAUUGACGCUGGUCGCACAAUUACCAUCGAGCGCGUUGCCUAAAGAGCAGCAAUUAGAGGAAGAUAUUUUGGGCGCUUUCGUCCAGCUACGCUCACUGACAAUCGAUACGGAUUUCAAGCAGUUGCCAGUUGGUAUCUUUCGGCCAGUGGCGCGCACCCUAAGUGAGCUGUUUUUGCUAGGAUGUCUUCGAGAGUUUCCGCGCGUUGCACUCAGUGCGCUACGAAACUUGAAGCAGUUGACUAUGUCGGGCCACCAACUUGAGUCGCGUUUGCGCGCGGACGAUUUUGAUACGCUGUCCACACUUACAGAACUAACGUUACGCCGUUGUGGCAUUAUAGCGUUGCCUGCGCGUAUUUUCCAUCCACUACCGGUAUUAAAGCAUCUCAAUUUAGUCGGAAACAAGCUGCGCAUGCUACCCGCUACACUACUGGCGCAACAGCGACACCUACAGUUAUUGGACCUCAGUGACAAUCAGCUGGAGGCGUUGCCGGCUGGGCUCUUCGCGUCGACAACUGCGCUGAAAAAGCUUUAUUUGACAUAUAAUCGAUUGCGUCGCCUAAGCGCAUAUCUCUUUCCACCGCAAAAUGCACUUGUGGAGCUCUAUGUGGAUUUGAAUGAGUUGCGCGUCAUUGAAGUAGGCACAUUUGCGUAUGCGCGCCACCUGCGUGAUUUGGUACUAAGUCACAACAAACUUGACUGGACGCGCGCUGAAUCAUGUGUUGUACUCGAGGGAGUACGUCGCUUAGAAAUGCUUGGUUUGCAAAACAAUUCGGUGCGCUACCUAUGCAAAGAACUAGGCGCGUCUAAUUACACCCUCGCGAAUUCCUUACGCUUGCUUGAUGUGCGGCAAAAUAAAUUUACUCAUCUAAGCGCGCAACUCUUGCACGCGCUAAAUAGGAGUGAAACGCUGCGCUCCAUAAAACUGGAGCAGAAUCCUUGGGCUUGCAACUGUGAGGCUCAGGCGCUGCAUGCGUUUGUGCGUAGCAAUCGCGUACGCUUUCCUGAAGUGAAAAAUCUAAAGUGUAAUGAGCCAAAGCAAGUGCCGCUGGUCGAACUAGCUUACCGCGACUUCUGCCUUCCUGAUUUGGGUGUCAAUGCGACGCUGGUUUUUACUUUAAUCAGCGUAUCGGCGCUUAGUCUACUGAUGAUCUCCGUCGCAAUGUGCUACUAUAAGUAUAAACUGCAGCUGAAAAUUUGGCUAUACGCGCACGGCGCGUGUCUGCGUUGCAUCAGCGAAACUGAAUUGGAUCGUGAUCGCCGGUAUGACGCCUUCAUCUCUUACACUCACCAAGAUGAGCACUUCGUCGAGCAUGAACUUCUGCCUGGGUUGGAACAGAGCACACCACCAUUCAAGGUGUGCAUACACGUGCGCGACUGGGUGGUGGGUGCGUUCAUAUCUGAACAAAUUAUCGACUCUGUGGAGCAAUCGCGCCGUACGAUCAUCGUUCUAUCGCAGCAUUUCAUACAAUCCGAGUGGGCACUCAUGGAAUUCCGUAUGGCGCAUCAGCGCGCGCUCAAUGAGGGACGCACGCGCAUCAUACUGGUGAUAUAUGGCGAAUUGACGAACACAGAUCUGCUGGAUCAGGAGCUGCGCGCAUACCUGAAGAUGAAUACGUACUUGAAGUGGGGCGAGCCGUGGUUUUGGGAAAAGCUGCGCUAUGCUAUGCCGCAUUCGCGAGUCGGCUGGGAGCGUAGUGAACGCGGCGGGAAAGAGCGUUUUAAUGAGACUCCACUGCAUGCAGCUAUGCUGAGGGCGUGA